CUUCAUUCAUCAAAGUGACCGCAUCCCCCCCAAAUGCCAUCAUCAUUCACCCAACCUCCCUUUCUGCGAACAUCGACUCCAACCUAUUUCCUGUCACCGAUUAUUCUUGCAAAGUUCUAUUUCUAAAUCAUCUGUGCCUCUCAUUUAUUGUUCGAGUACUUCUCUUUCAUCCUCUUAGUCUUAUCCCGUAUCCUUGCGGGCUCAGUAUGACACAGCUCGACUGCUAACCAUUCACAUGCGAGCAGUUCUGAGAACUCUGAGACCGCGAUUUGACUUUCUCAUAUCAUUUAUUUAUACUUAAGAAGUAAAGGGAACAAAGUAGGGGCGUAUAUAUAACAACAAUGACUGAUUCUGAGCCGUCAUACAUCGACUACGAAACCUUCCUUGAUCCCUCAUUCUCCCCUACCGCUUUCGCCAACUCCCUUGUCACAAGCACAAACAACCCGUCCGAUACCCCACUCGACCUCUCCACUCCAUUGUCUCGUGUCCUCUUCGAUAUUCAAGAAAUCGACACUCAUAUCCAUACAUUGACUACGAAAUCUGCACUUCCUCUCCUCACACAUACGCGCGACCAGACCGAUGCUGGCCAGCGGGUUUUGGAGGCGGUUGAAGGGCAGGUUUCUGCAUUAAGGGAGGGAUAUAAGAGGCUAGAGAAGGAUGUUUUGGAGCGGUGGGAAAGUGCGGAGGAGGUUCGAGGUGCUGCGGAAAGGUCAUGGGCGACUGUGAGAUUGGCGAGGGCUGUGGGGCGGUGCCUGGUGCUGGGUAGGCAGCUGGAAGGCCAGAUGCUAGAGUUGACUGGCCGUCUUUUUGGAGCCGGGGCAGGCAGUGGGGGUUCGCCAGUGGUAGAGGAUCAUAGGGCACUAGUGCGAGCUUCUAACACGCUGUUAAUGCUCCGGCGGAUGUUUAUCACUACUGAAGAUGAGGAAAGUUACGGUCUUGACCGAGUUAAGGUGAUAAGGACUCUGCGAAGUGAUCUGGUCAAUCCAGCUGAGAGCACGGUCAAGGCCAGAGCAACACAAAUCAUCAAUAAAUUCUCGCUGUCCUCUUUAGUGGUGGACACGGGCGGCGUAGGGUCUGGUGUUGGUGGUUCGGGAACUCAACUCCAAGCUUCCGGGACGUCGACGUUCGCGCAAGCCGAAGAUGCGAAGUCCCGAAUUACGUCCGCCAUUACCACAUUAUAUCUAUUAUCCCCAACCCCACACACAUCGAUUCUGGCAUCUGAAUUCCAGCCAGAAUUACUCCUUGCAACCUUGAAAGGCUAUAUCCAUACAUGUCUAACUUCAUCGCUAGCUUCGUUGUCGCGCUCGUUGUCGAUGCUCCCAACCCUCGACCGGACGCUUCAAGAAAUAUCUGCCAAGUGUCAGAACAUCAUGGCUCUUGAAGCUCUCCUCGAAACCAUCAAACCUCCCUCUCACCCUUUCAUUAAUUACAAUUACCCCUCCCUUUCCACUUACUCAGGAACCGGAGCCAGGUCUACAUCAAACUCAGCCACCAAAGCCAAAAACAAUCUUCUCCAACCAUUACUCCAAUGCCUCGACACAUCCUCUCUACCUUCCUACUUCUGGCGCUCACUGGCAUCGUCUCUCUCAGCACGGGUUCAAGAGAUUAUCAAUCGCGGGGGUGUUUCCGCGCGAACCCUGAGAUCUAACCGGGAGCGGCUCCGUGAGCAAGUGAGGGAAUGCGUUCUGCGGGGCUCACAGCUACCAAAUAAUAGCAUUACUAGACUGGGAGGGUCUACGGGUCCUAUUGUGGUGGGUAACUGGGAGCGAGAAGCAGCUGUUAUGGUAAGUGCAGUUGUGGGUGCUUUGGGAAGAUAAGAUAGAGGCGUAAGAGUAUGGGAAGUGAGACGACCUGUGUAGAAACAACGCACAUGGUGUCCAUAACGUUUUCUUGGAUUGUUUUGAAUUUUUCAAGGGCUUUUUUUUUUUUUUUUUUAUUUUAUUCGUCUUAACUGCUUUGUUUUCUGCCUCUUAUCUGAAAGCACCCUUUCACACCAUCCGUUAUUUAUCACUCUCAAAUGUUACUAGCGAGCGAAUUAUCCAGGCUCCAUUGCCACCAAAGGUUAGCUUAGGUUGCUCCUUCAUGAAUGCAUGUUUGUGUACCUACUGUACAAUUCCUAUCAUUUGGAACGAGCCGACGACAAAUCUGUAACUGGUUUAUAAAUUGAAGAUACGUCUACAAGCGCAAGCUAAAAGCAUGUCUUAAAUAUACGCAACCUGUCCUUUACGCUUCUAAGAUACCGAAAUAGUCUGUAUCAGUUACCGAUUGAAUUAAUAUAGAGAUAUGGUUCACAAAUCACAAACAGAGUUUUAAAUCCGCGAAGAGAAAACAAG